CGGGGGAUCUGCCUCUUAGAGGCGCCUGGUGGGGAAGGGCCUGGUCAGCUGCGUCCGGUGGAGGCAGCUGCUGACCCAGCUGUGGACUGUGCCAAGGGCAGGAGACGGAGAGUCAGGAGUCCUGGGCUCUCGCGGAGGGGUAUCAUGGGCCACCUCGUGGCAUCCCUGUGGCCCCAGGUCGGCUCCCUUUGUCUCCUGCUUGCUGGGGCCGCCUGUGCGUCCCCGCCCAACCUCCCGGACUCCAAGUUCGAGAACAAAGCGGCCUUGCUGGCGGCUCGCGGGUCCGAAGAGUUUCUGUGCUUCACCGAGCGGUUGGAGGACUUAGUGUGUUUCUGGGAGGAAGCGGCGAGCGCCGGGAUGGGCCCGGACAACUACAGCUUCUCCUACCAGCUCGACAAUGAGCCAUGGAAGUGGUGUCGCCUGCACCAGGCUCCCACUGCACGAGGCACGGUGCGCUUCUGGUGUUCGCUGCCUAGAGCCGACACGUCGAGCUUCGUGCCUCUAGAAUUGCGCGUCACAGUAGCCUCCUCCGGCGCUCUGCGAUAUCACCGUAUCAUCCACGUCAAUGAAGUAGUGCUCCUGGAUGCCCCCGUGGAGCUGGCAGCGCGGCUGGCUGAUGAGGGCGGCCACGUGGUGUUGCGCUGGCUCCCGCCGCCUGGGGCACCCAUGCCGUACCACAUCCGCUACGAGGUGGACGUCUCGGCUGGCAGUGGCGCAGGGAGCGCGCAGAGGGUGGAGAUUUUGGAGGGCCGCACCGAGUGCGUGCUGAGCAAUCUGCGGCGCCUGACGCGCUACACGUUUGCUGUCCGCGCGCGUAUGGCUGAGCCGAGCUUCGGCGGCUUCUGGAGCGCCUGGUCCGAGCCUGUGUCGCUGCUGACGCCUACUGACCUGGACCCCCUCAUCCUGACGCUCUCCGUCAUCCUCGUGCUCAUCCUGGUGCUGCUGACAGUGCUCGCCCUGCUCUCCCACCGCCGGGCUUUGAAGCAGAAGAUCUGGCCUGGCAUCCCAAGCCCAGAGAGCGAGUUUGAAGGCCUCUUUACCACCCACAAGGGUAAUUUCCAGCUGUGGCUGUACCAGAAUGACGGCUGUCUGUGGUGGAGCCCCUGCACCCCCUUCACAGAGGACCCACCUGUCUCCCUGGAAGUCCUCUCUGAGCGCUGCUGGGGGACCAUGCAGCCAGUGGAGCCAGGGACAGAUGAUGAGGGUCCCCAGCUGGAGCCGGUGGGCAGUGAGCAUGCCCAGGAUACCUAUCUGGUGCUGGACAAGUGGUUGCUGCCCCAGAGUCCUCCCAGUGAGGACCUCCCACGGCCUGAUAGCAGUAUGGAUAUAGUGGCCAUGGAUGAAAACUCAGAAGCAUCCUCCUGCACAUCUGCUUUACCCUUGAAGCCCAGCCCAGAGGGAGCUUCUGCUGCCAGUUUUGAGUACACCAUCCUGGACCCCAGCUCCCAGCUCUUGCGUCCAUGGGAACUGUGCCUUGAGCUGCCCCCUACCCCACCCCACCUAAAGUACCUCUACCUUGUGGUAUCUGAUUCUGGCAUCUCAACUGACUAUAGCUCAGGGGAUUCCCAGGGAGCUCAAGGGGGCUCAUCCGAGGGCCCCUCCUCCAACCCUUAUGAGAACAGCCUCAUCCCAGCCUCUGAGCCUCUGCCCCCCAGCUAUGUGACUUGCUCUUAGGACACCAGCCUGCAGAUGAUCGGGGAUCCACUAUGAUCCAGAGAGCCAGUGCAGACUCAAGACUUACUGAACAGGGAUAGCAAGGCCUCUCUUAAGAGUAGGGGCAUUGCUGAUUUUGUCUGCCCAACCCAUCCUGCUCAGGAAAUCACAACCUUGCAGUAUUUUCAUUGUAUUUUAUUUUUUUGAUACAGAGUCUUACUCUGUCUCCCAGGCUGGAGUGCAGUGGCGAAAUCUCAGCUCACUACUACCUCU